UAAGGAGAAGAUCGAAACAAAGAUAUAUUGUUAACCUAUAUCGCUCUCUCCGCGUCAAUUCUCUUCUUCGACCGAUAUUGUUCUCAAAGUAGUGAGAUUUUUGAUUAAGCUAGCUCUCUUCGUUCCUCGUACCUCGAGAGUGGAAUCUGUUUUGAAACCCUAAUUUCGAUGGGAACUCCGGAAUUUCCAGAUCUGGGGAAACACUGCGCCGUCAAUGUUUGCAAGCAGCUCGAUUUCUUGCCGUUCACAUGCGAUCGCUGCCUCCAGGUGCUUUGUCUGGAUCAUCGUAGCUAUAUGAGACACGAUUGUCCAAAAGGAAACAGAGGAGAUGUCACAGUGGUUGUUUGUCCGUUUUGUGCGACAGGAGUUCGGUUAAACCCCGACGAAGUUCCAAACAUAGCUUGGGAGGAACAUCUUAAUUCAGUUUGUGAUGAUCCCUCAAAUGUUAACAAGAAGAAGAAGAAGAAGAAGACGAAAUGUCCUGUUCCAAAGUGCGGAGCAGUCUUGACAUUCUCUUGUACCAUAAAAUGUCGGGACUGCAGCAUAGAUCAUUGCUUGAAACAUCGGUUUGGACCUGAUCAUUUUUGUCCUGGACCGAAGAAGUCUGAUUCGUUUUCCACGAGUGAAAGCACGAAAGUAGCUACAAGUGCUCCUGCAUCAUCAUCGUCAUCUUCAAGAUCGUCUAGUCUUUUGGCUUCAGCGGAAGCACUUAUUAGAAAGAAAAGAUGGAAUCCGACCAGGGUAGGUAGAGAUUCUAGAUUGAAUCGGACCAGGGUAGGUAGAGAUUCUGGAUUGGUACGCGUCCCUUGGAUGAUUAGGGAAGGAUUGGUUCUGACCAGGGAAGAAAGCAGGUAGAGAUUAGUCACGAAGAAGCAGCAGCAAAUUUUAAGGAUUUUCAGGCAUGCCAUUCUCUCUGUUUAGUAACCAUUUUGUGUCUUGUGUUUCCGUAAUCUUAAAUACAUUUUUUAUUUCAGGAUGCGUAUCUCAAGACCGCUCGUAGUGAAGGAUGACCGACCACUGCCACAUAGUCAGCCAUUUUGAUACCCGUUGACGUUGCAAAAGAACGAACUCGGUAUUUGGAUUCCGUACAUGCACCAAAGGUCCCUGAAAAGGGUGGUAACACGUUGGACAAGACGAGAGUCUUGAAGGAUAAGAACCUGAAAGGACACUUAGGGAGGGUAUUGUAUUGCCCAACUCUUUAUGAACCUGAGAAAACACUUGAAAAAGGUUUCGACGUACUUCCAAUAUUGAUUUUUCUGAGUGGAGAGCAAACGCCAAUGACCCAGUAGAUAAACAAUGAGAAAUGGCUGAAAUUCGCUUUACUAGCGUCCUUAGUUUCCACAUGUAACCACACAUCGUAAAUUUCAACAUCGGAAUGUCUCGAUUACUCUUAACUGGAAUGUCAAAGAUAAUGACUAAAGGUUCUCGGCUUACAAAUAUGUUCCUCCAGAAAUAUCUAGGGAGAUCAUGAUAUUGCAAGACCGGAAAUGGAUUGAGCCACAUAGACGAUGGGAGCCCUGGCUUUAGGAGUGAGUACGAACCUAGAUAUAAAAGUACUUCUAGUCGAUGGUAUUGAUAUAGACUUACCAUCCCUUUUCUCCCCCAAAUAAGUUCUGUCAUGAUAUGAUGGUGGGCGGAUCUCCAUCCUCCUCCGCACCGGUGAAAUUGCUAGUACUUCCUUUUAGCACUUGUUCUUGUUGUUGGUUCUUUAAAUUCUCACCUCCUGAGGAGGUGGAUCCAUUUCAAGGUUUUCUGGUUUUCGUCGGGACCAGAUUAGAGCUUUGGCACUUAGUAGAGAAACGAAGGUUCAGUAGUUUCCUAGAUGCUGCACCUUGGUUGUCCACGAAACCACCAUUAUGGGCCUUUUCUUUGGGCUCUCUUUUCUUGUUUACCUUCUUUUUAGUUUUUCCUUUAGCCCGGCCCACAUCACUUAACGGAAGAGGGGGACGACUUCGAUUAUCCUCGUCUUCCUUUGUGAGCUCCGUAGGGAUCACUUCCUUGAUUUUGGCUCCAAGUUCUUGAGGUUCUUUGCCCAGCAAAUCAUCUUCCUCCAUAUAUAAAGCGGAUGGAUCCCAGCCCGACGCCACCACCUCUCGGUACGCUUCUGCGUCUUCCUCUGUCCAAUCUAGAUCCACCUUUGCUAGAUCCUCAUUGUUUUUCUCCCAUUCCAUUGCGUCUCUCUCGACAUCGUCGAGAAAGUCCUCAACAUCGUCUUUCUUGGAGUCCACUAUAAUCGGCGAUGGAGACGGCUCUCUAAUGAGAGACUCUCUUCGCUCGACCUCCGAGGGUGGCAUGAUAGGUCUCGGAUCCUCAAUCCGGAUUAAGUUAUUGAAUCUAUCUUCUAGAGGGGUUCUGUGACUUUCUUCCUCUUCCUCCUCCAAGGUUUGUUCAUACCAGCUUUUGUUAAUUUUGAUAACCAGAUCCGGUGGGACAUUUGAUGUGGUGUCCACCGCCGGGGAGUGUGUUUGCGGUUCCACCGAAUCCCUCGAGUCAAAGAGGUUGCUCUCUGAUUUGUUUUUGCAGAUUAAGCCGGAAUGGUCGCUCGCGAGCAUGAUCUGGGGAAAUAACAACUUGUUUUGCUCUGAAUAUCGCAACAUGUGGGUCGGAUAUCGUUGCUUGAGAGUUCGAUGGGGAGGGGUUAUCACGGCGAGGCACCAACGCUAGCUCCUUACCUUCGAAUUCUCCAGUAUGUUUCUCUACACCGAAGGUAUCAUCGUAUCUUCUCUUACGACGGCUACUCUCUUUCGGAGGAAUAGGUGCUCUUUUUUCUGUCAUGUAUCUCGAUGAAUUAGGUCUCACCGUCGGCACUUCUAUCACGUAUUGGAGGUUGUUGUGCCAGUAGAGUUUCCAAAGUUGCGUAGAGUAGGCUCCAACCAGUAGAGAUUGGGAAUACAUUCUGUUUGGGUCCAGAAGGUCAUGGUGUUUGGGAAGGUAUCACCAAUGUGGGGUUCCCAUGAUACGAUUGUACAAUGCCACGUCAAGAGGACUCAAGUUGGUUGCUGAUGACGUGGACAAGAAGAGAGGAAAGACUCUGAUUGUGGACGAGGCGUGGCCGUUAGGGGAUCAGCUUAAAAGAGCUGUGAAGCUCUUCUUCUUCAUUAUGCUGAAUGUUGAAUAUUGUGAAGAUUGGUCAAGCGAUGUGCUUGUGGUUGGAGAGGUGAGCUAGAGAUGUGCUAGUAUCUCUCUUAUGGUGUGUUGGGAGCUGAGCUAGUGAUGUGCUAGUCUCUCUCUGUUCUUAUCAGUUAGUUUUAAUUGUGUGUUCGUGUAAUCAGAGCUUACGGUAUCGUAAAUCUAACAAUGGUGCGAUGAAACUGUGAUCGGAGCUUCAACGCGAUGAAGACGGUGGAGUUUGUGAUCAAUGACGAUGAUGGUUGUAUGGAUACGCCUAUGUUCACCGGAACAGAUCCGUUGCUGUGGAUCUCAAAAGUGGAGAGGCUUUUCAAUCGUGGUUGUUUCUCAGAUGAUGCGAAGCUUGAUCUAGUCUUCUUGUUUUUAGACGGAGUUGCGUUGACAUGGUUUAUGCAGAAGAUUAAUAAAGAGAAAUUUAUGGAAUGGACUGUCUUUAAGCAUAGGUUGUUGGCUCGAUUUGAUCCGGUGAAGAGUUGUUCUUCAUCCGCGAGAGAUUCGUCCUGUGUUCCUGAAUUGGUUGCAACAGAAUCGUCGAUUCACGAUGCAGAAUCCCUUGGUGCAACUGCAAACAUUUCAUUUAGUGAAACUGAUUCGAUUUCAGAGCUUGAAGCGGAGGCAAUGGAAUCAAACAAGGAGACUGAUGUUGUUGCAAAUCCUAAGGUAUCGAUUUCACAAUUGGAACCUAGCCUUAGCGUUAGGAUUUGCAGUGAGUCAUUGGAUAUUAGGAAGGAUGUACCAUCUGUGUUGUUGGCAGAA